AUGUCGAACCUAUCCCCUGAUGCCUGCUCUCGAGGCAGCGACACCAACAGCCUCCCAAUUGCAGGGCAGCACAAACCCCCGCAUCGCCUGGACCAUGGCGAAGCCAUCGCGCCCGUGACGGGGCCGGAGGAUAAUACCAACCAAGACGCGACAGACGCCAGCGCGGCUCAGCAGCAGCAGCAGCGGCCGCUGUCAGACCACCUGGCGCCGCCGCCGGAGGACAGUACAGGCAUCCACUCGCUGCCCGCCGAGCUGCUGACCGAGAUCUGCGAGUUCCUGAUCGCCAAGGACGAUCGGGUCCGCACCGAGCCUGGCGAUUGCAGGCGCGGGCCCGACGCGAGCGCCAUGCGGCCGCUCCUCGCGCUCUGCCUCACGUCGAGGCGCUUCGCCUCCGCCGCCCGUCACACGCUGUACAAGACCGUGUCCUUCUACGCGCCGUCACGGACCAUCACCCCAUCCCGGCGCGCGCCGCCGCCGCCCGUGACGAGGGAGGGUAAGGCGAAGGCGAGGGCGGAGGCGAAGGCCAAGGCGAAGGCGGAGGCUGAGGUGGCCAGGCUGAGCGUGCAGGGCCAGAGGAGCCUGGUGCUGUUCCUGCGGAGCCUGCUGGAGAGCGCGUCGCUCCAGCCCCUCGUCUGCCACCUGGACUGCCUCGUCAGUCUCCAGGGGUACAUAGACCCCGACACUCCUCGAAAGCCGCAACCAAACGGCCAGCUCGUGCAGGGGUUUUGGGAAGACGUGCGCCGCGGUGUCAGAGUCCAGCGCCGAGCGGAUCUGCACGUUCUACGGCUGGCCGGCCUGAUCAAACCGACGCCAUCGUGGCAGAGGAGUGGCUCGGGCGGUCAGGAUGGGUCCCCGCUUACGCAGCCCCCGGCCACGGAGCUGUACGUGGGAGGUCGCAUCUACGUCGCACUCCUCUGCCUCUGCCCCCGGCUGAAGUCCACGUCGUUCGCGGUUCCGGUCCAAGCGGCCGCGAUGAACCCUGCCAUGGAGCACCCGGGAUCACUCGCUAAUCCGUAUCAGGAGCUAUCCGGGAUCCUCGAACAGGCGCUGAACAGCGAAGACAUCAACCCUUCCUUGCUCUGUAAUCUCGAAACAGUUGCCGUGGCGAGACAGUCCGUUGCCAGCAGCGGAUCCCAGGGGGGACGCCAGACCGCCGGCAGAAUCGGUUGCGGUCUCCUCACGAGCCUCACGCGGCUGCCGUCCGUCCGGACCGUGGAGCUCGACCGCCUCCGGAUCUGCCUGCCUCCGAACCUCGACGUCGACGGGGUCGAGAGCCUGCGCGUGGGCGGCCUCUUCACGAGCGCCGACAUGGUCAGCAUCUUCUCGUCCCCCGCGCUCAAGCACCUGCAUCUCAGGGCUUACGGGAGGAAUGGGGUGGCCUUGGCCAAGGACACAGAAACGGGCGUCCUCAGCCGCGCCGUCCCACUCGCGGCCGCGUCCCUCAUCACCCUCGACAUGGGGCUGCCGGAGGUGUCCUCGCCGUGGCGGCACCCACAUGGGAACGGCCCGCACCGCCAAGCCUCGUCCACCCUCCGCUGGCUCUUGGGGUGGGACGCGCCUGGCCGGAUCCGCUGUCUGCCAUCGCUGCGGAACCUGCGGGAGCUGCGCAUUGACGCGGCCCUUCUGCUCGGCGACGCCAGCUUUGCCUUGCCGGCCAACCUUGGCCGCAUGCUGCCCGCAGGGCUCGAGCGGCUAUACAUUAGGGAAGCCCACGGGAUGCAUCCGAACAGAGAACUUUUGGCUGGGUACUGGAGCACCUCGCAUCAAUCAUACCGGCAUUGGAUGGAGGGCUGCUUGCUCCGGAUCGCAGCCACCUGCACAUCCCAGCUCAGGAGCCUCCGCGAGGUCAGGUUUGUUCGAAGCCCCGACCAACCGGAGUGGGAGUUGGCUGUUGUCUCGAACGCUUUCCGGGAUGUGAAUGUGAAGUUCAUCUGAGGGCAUUACUCCAACAUGACAACACAGCAUACAGGCCCCUGAGAUGAAACCAAAAAGAUUCGACGAGUGUGAUAGACCGGUGUCGUAAAGAACAUUCUGUCAGAGGAAUGAAUAUAAUAAUACCAAGCCUAGGCCAGAUAAUUUCUCACAGGUGAAGAGAUUGAUGGGCGGGGAAUCCAAGAAAAGAUUAAUAAUACAAGCUAUGGACAGGCCAGCAUUUCUAGCUCCAUCUUGACGCCAG